AUGACCCGCGCUCUCACCUCCCACCAGUGCCCCGUUGCGUGGUUUCGCCUUGUCUGCACCUCCAUCUGCUCUCGCGUCCCUAUCACAGAGUCCUGGUUCCGCGACCAUGCCCCGGGUAACCACCGCACCCGCGAAGGCUCCCUCAUUUGCCCACCUAAGUGGUGCCACCGCGCACUUGCCAACCCGCUCCUUGCCUCCCCUGCCCUCUAUGAGUGCCGCUUCUCUGAUACUGGGGCCGUUGCCACCUCUGCCACACGCCUCACGGAGUUCUCCCUAUCCAGAACUCACCUCUCUGAGGCCGCACUCCAGAUCUUGCUCUCUGAUUGCACGGUGUGGAAGUACAAGCGCCUCGAGGAGCUCACCAUGGACGACGCCACGCGCUUGGAGUGUCUUCUCGGCGAUGUUCAUCUGGGAGCAUCGGUCACCAUCAUUUGUGCGCCAAAAUUGGCUGCUUUAGGCUACCUCAUGGUGGGCUCUGGGAUAUCUUCCACGGCCACGAUGAACCUACUGCUCAGGAGCAACAAGGACAUGGAGAAGGUGAUGGGCUCACUCAAGUGCUUUCCCUGCCUGGAGACAUUGCAUAUCCAGGGCAAGCGCAGUGAAGGCCAGGAUAGCAUAAUCAGCUUCGACUACUACCAGAAGAUUGAUCCUCUAGGUGUGUUGUGA